AUGGCCUCUGCUGCUGUCGCUCCGGCUUUUAAGCCUAUCACUGGGAUGCUCCGCCGGGGUUUGAUCCUUGAUUUGAGCAUUGGGCUUGGUCUCGGAUUUGUGUUUGGCAAUGCCUUUUGGUACGGCUACCACAUGCCUCGGGUCAACGCUCGUGAUGCGUACUACCGCAAGCUGGAGGAGGCUCGCGCUGCUAGACAGGGCAACUAA